UGAAUAUUUUGCAGGAAGCAAAACCUGAUCAAACCUGGUCCCCUUUCUUUUGGGUUAACCUACAAUUUCUCGUCUCUGCAUUUACUUCUUCAUUCUUUCUCCUUUCUUCAAAUUUGAACUCACUCCGUUCUGGACCUUCUCUAGUUAUAGUUCUUCAUACACCCAUUUCUUAUUUGUCCAGUGAUAUUUUUGCUGGAGUUUGAUCAAUUUCUCACGCUCUAAUUUUUAAUCAUUUUGCCUGAGAUGGGUGAUCUCAGUUUGAAUAAAGACGGUACAAACCAGAGAAGAAACAGAGAAAAUGAAGAUUCUUGGCAUUGCCUGGAUUCUCAUAGACAUGGACGGUCUAAAAGUGCAUCGUCAGAGCGAUACCUCCAAGUUUCUGGUGAUGGAGCUUCACCAUUUCCCAAACAUUACCCUAGAAUGCAAACAUCCUCUGUUCAAACAACAGCAAACAAGAAACCAAAAGCUCUGAAUGCUCGUCAGAUAUUUAUCAAAAAACAUGCGCCUUCACAAGAUAGAGCAUCUCUGGAACGAGAUGUUGAGCAGCUUCAUCUGCGUCUACAACAAGAAAAGUCUAUGAGAUUGGUGUUAGAGAAAGCUAUGGGGCGUGGUUCAAGUAGCUUAUCUCCAAGGCACAGACAUUUUUCUUCUCAGGCAAAGGAACUUAUCACUGAGAUCGAAUUGCUUGAAGAAGAAGUCGCGAAUCGCGAGCAUCAUGUGCUCUCUUUGUACCGGAAUAUCUUUGAAGAGACAAUAAGCAGAGCAUCUUCAAAGCAAAGCUCAGUGAUUUCUUCUCCAGCUCAUCAUAUAAAGCAGCCACCAAGAAAACACCCAAGUGUCAUUUCAAAUGCAUUUUGUUCCUCCAAUAACUUCCCUCUAAAGCCUUGGCAUGCUAUGGUUACUUUUAAAGAUUUGAGCAGAAAACCCUCCAAAAAGGAUCAGUCUUCUCAGUUCCAGGAUAAUAGCUGUCUUCCUUCAAUAAAAAGUUGCUCAGGCCAAGCAAAAUCCUAUUCAAAGGAUUCAGUAACGGAGAUAACUCCAUCACAGAGAACUCUUAAGGAUCAUCUGUACCAAUGCCCUAGCAAGUUGUCUGAAGAAAUGGUCAAGUGUAUGGCUUCAGUGUACUUCUGGAUUUGCAGAAGUUCCAUGUCAGCAGAUCCUGAGAAGAGGAAAAAAGAUUCACCAAUCCUAUCAAGAUCGGCGACUAGCAAUGUGGUUAUUCCCAAGAAUGUUAUGAGUGAAGACCGAUCUUGGUCAUGCAGAUCCAUAGUGGAAGUAUCUUUGAUCUCAACAGACAAGAGAAUAUUCUCUCAAGCAUCAUAUGCUAUUAACAACUAUAGGCUCCUUGUUGAACAACUGGAGAGAGUUUCUAUAAAUCAAAUGGAAGGAAAUGCAAAAUUAGCAUUUUGGAUCAACAUCUACAAUGCUCUCCUUAUGCAUGCAUACUUAGCAUAUGGUGUACCAGCUAAUUCUCUCAGAAGGUUAGCUUUGUUUCACAAGUCUGCGUAUAAUAUCGGUGGACACAUCAUAAAUGCAAACACCAUUGAAUACUCCAUCUUCUGCUUCCGGACUCCACGAAAUGGACGUUGGCUUGAGACCAUAAUCUCCACCGCCUUGAGGAAGAAGCCAAGUGAAGAUAAAGUAAGCUUAAAGUUCAGCCUUCACAACCCAGAGCCAUCUCUCUGCUUUGCUCUUUGCACUGGUGCACUCUCAGAUCCAGUGUUAAAGGCAUACACUGCCACAAACAUUAAAGAGGAACUAGAAGCUUCGAAAAGGGAGUUUCUACGGGCGAACAUGGUAGUACAAAAACAGAAGAAAGUGUUCUUGCCUAAGAUUAUUGAGAGGUUUACAAAGGAAGCUUCUCUUAGCCUUGACGAUUUGGUGAGAUGGUUAAUAGAUAACUCAGACGAAAAGCUUGGGGAAUCGAUACAAAAAUGCAUGGAAGGUAACCCAAACUACAAGAAAGCGUCUCAGGUGAUUGAAUGGUUGCCAUACAGUUCAAGGUUUCGUUAUGUAUUCUCAAAGGACUUGACGAUGGAGAAAAAGCCUUGGUGGGUUUAAAACGAUAUUGCCUAAGAAACCUCUUGAUGCCCUUGUUCUCUAGUUCCAAUAGACCCUUGUAAUGUUUGUAAUGAGAUAAUGGAAGAGAAGCAUCGUAGAAUCUGUCAGGCUGACUGAUAAAUUUGUAGCCAUAGAUUCUCUCUAUAUCUGCUUUAACAGAAUAUACAACAACGCAGAUGAAACAGUCA